AUGGCAUCUCCAUUUCUACGACUAUUUCUAGGCGUGACAGCAGCCAUAAUCUUCAUCGCCGUCUUCACACCCUCAGAAUCAGUCUCAUCAGUAGCCUCAUCAUUCACAACGCCUUUGGUGCUACGCAAUCUCGACGUAGUCAUCAGACAAGAGGAAAAGAACCCAGUCCUCAUGCGCACAGCAGUGACAAACAACAAUGACCAUCCCGUCACUAUUCUCAACUAUGGUUCUCCACUGGAUGCUUUGGCGAUUCAACUAGGCACGCUGUACAUCACCUCCAAGGGCGACAGCUCACCUUUGGAGAUUCUGGAGAUUGAGAAUGACAGACUGUGGCCACCCAUGGAAGACGCCCUGGUUGAGAUUGGACCUGGACAAACGGCUAUUUGGGAAUCUACGCUACAGGAGCCAGUGGUUCCCAUGGACAGGGUCUUUGAGAGUGCGACGGUUCAACUAAAGGGUACUUGGACUGCUGUGUGGCCACGAGAAAAGGAGGGCAUCGAUUUCAGCGAACUGGAAGAGGGAACGCCCAUCAACGGGACUCUAACGGGUUCUUACAAGUCAAACAUUAUCGAUAUCGAAGUCGCAUAG